AUGAAACUCUCAAUUCUUGCCUACGGCCCUUUGAUGGCUCUCAUCCUAUCUACCAUGGUCCUCGCCCAACGCCGACCUAAAUGUCCUGGGCAGUGUGACGGGAGAGGCAUAGUCACUCGGAUUCCAGAUACUUUCGUUCAGGGCACCCUUCAUUACCCAACGACACUCCCUUGUGGAGCGGGCAAAUGUGAAAAAAUGGUUAAGAAGAACUUUUAUAGCUGCUCGGCAUGCCAGAACCCAAACGAUCGUCAACCACAGAUAUUCACCACAAACGCAAGCUGUCACUCUAAUAAACAAAUCAACUAUGAUAUCAGUGACCCGUUACCCAUUACUUCCACCGAACGCCGACCAAUGCCCGUGCUACAAGAUUUAUUCAAUUCAAAAUCCAAUGAGGGAGCGUCAUCAUCAAACCGUUAA